UUUACGGUAAGAAACCAUCAUUAAAAGCAGUAGUCUCCCUGUCUUUGACUUCCCGGUAAGGUUUUGACAGAACUUUCUUUCCGCCUUUAUAAGGGAUGGUCUCCCUUCUUCUUUGAGUCCUGCAGGAGUAAAGAUGGGUGUCAGGCGCACAGACUGCCUCUCUCGGCCCCUGUCCAACCUUUUCGAGAAACUGGGAUCAGCAGUUGGCACCUGUCCAUUUUAUUUUUUCAUUAUUCCUAUUUUAAUCACAGCCUCGCUUGGUGGGGGCUUCUUCUUCCUCAAAGACAGAGAGGACAAUGAUCUUGAACGGCAGUUUACCCCCAAGAAAGGACCCUCAAAGGCAACGAGGGCUUUCGUCAGGGAGAACUUUCCUUACAAUGCGUCCAUGUUUUCCGAGGAAAGAUUGUACGACAGGGGGGACUUUGCUUCCAUCAUUGCUGUGCCGAGGAACAGCAACAAUAUUUUGGAAAGCCCUGCCUUGGAGGACGUCGUCAGACUCAACGAGAAGAUUCUGAACAUGACCGUGGACAACAGGCGGCUGGGAUUCAGCCAGGUGUGUGCCAAAGCCGGCGGAGAGUGCGUCUCAAACGUCAUCCUGGAUAUCAUCAGCUCCAACGAAUCCAGCAGAACCAGCCUCACCUACCCAGAACACAGACACGGGUCCGACUUAGUCUUCCUCGGCUAUACGCUUGGCGGAGUUCUAACGGAUGCCAACGGCACCAUCCAGAGGGCUCAAGCUGUGAAGUUGUACUACUACUUAAGCAGCCAAGAAGGCGCUGCAGAGGCCUCAGAGUUAUGGCUGAGAGGAUUUAAAGCGCUGCUGGCAGAUGAGACGGACAGGAAACACAUUGACGUCUCCUACUACACCUCUAAAUCCAAGCAGGAGGAGAUCGACAGCCACACCGUGGAUGGAUUCCCUUUAUUCCUCAUCACUUACGCCUGUGCUAUAAGCUUCUCUGUGAUAUCCUGCCUGAGAUCGGACCAUGUCAGAAACAAAAUGUGGGUGGCUGUCUUCGGUGUUUUAUCCGCCGGGCUGGCAGUUGUCUCCUCUUUUGGCUUGCUGCUUUACAUCGGAGUGCCGUUUGUCAUAACUGUGGCAAACUCUCCCUUUUUAAUACUGGGAAUCGGCCUGAACAACAUGUUCAUCAUGGUGUCCGACUGGCAGCACACCCACGUGAACGACCCUGUACCCAAGCGCAUGGCUCACACCUACAAAGAAGCCGUAAUGUCCAUCACCAUCACCGCCUUGACAGACGUCCUCAAGUUCUUCAUCGGCGUCAUGUCCGACUUCCCGUCGGUGCAGUCCUUCUGCCUGUACACCGCCACCUCCAUCAUCUUCUGUUACGUCUACACCAUCACCUUCUUCGGCGCCUUCAUGGCCCUGAACGGCAGGCGAGAGGCCAGCAACCGGCACUGGCUAACCUGCAUGAAGAUACCGUCGGAAAAGUCGAUUAACCAGACUGAGAUGUACAACAUCUGCUGCGUGGGAGGAUAUUACGAUGAGCUCACAGGAGCGGAGAAAAAACAACCCGCCAGCAAUUUCUUCAAGAAGUACUACGGACCAUGUUUGAUGAAACCUUGGGUCAAGGGUGCGGUUGUCAUUGUUUAUCUGGCAUAUUUGGCCACAAGUGUGUUUGGAUGUUUCCACAUUAAGCAGGGGAUUGAACUUUAUGACCUGGCAGCUGAUAACUCUCAUGUUACAAGAUUCAACAUUAAGGACAGGAAGUAUUUCUAUGAUUAUGGGCCAUCUAUCAUGGUCAUUGUGAAAGGGGAACUGGCAUACUGGGACGAGGCCAAAAGAUCUCAACUUCAGGCAUGCCUGGAAGACUUUAAGGAGCUCCGGUUUGUUGAUAGGGACAUUUACACAUCCUGGCUGGACUCGUACCUAUCAUACGGUCAAGAGAAACAUCUAAACCUUGACGAUAAAGAGGUUUUUCUCUCAAAUCUGCCUCCAUUUUUUGAGUUGUAUCCUUUGUUUAAGCAAGACGUGAACCUGACUGGAGACGCCAUCCAUGCCUCCCGGUUUUUCAUACAGACUGUCAAUAUUACCAAAGCCAGCGAGGAAAUCGAAGUGCUCAAAAGCUUAAAGCACAUUGUGGGCAGAUGCAAGGCAGCGUCUUUGUUGGUCUACAACCACGAGUUCAUCUACUUUGACCAGUACGACGUCGUGGUGAAGAGCACCAUUAAAAACGUCGGAGUUAUCAUGGCCGUGAUGUUGGUCGUGUCUCUCCUGCUGAUUCCCAACCCCGUCUGCUCCUUGUUGGUCACCUGUUCCAUCGGUUCGGUCACUGUGGGGGUGAAUGGCUGCAUGGCUCUUUGGGACAUCAGUCUCGACUCCAUAUCCAUGAUCAUUUUCACCGUCUGCAUCGGCUUCACCGUGGACUUCUCGGCUCAUAUGUCCUACGUCUUCGUCUCCAGCGACAAGGCCCAACCCAACGACAGGGCCGUGGACGCUCUGUCCAGUCUGGGUUACCCCAUCCUCCAAGGCACCUUGUCCACGAUUUUAGGGGUGUCGGUGUUGGCCACGUCGGAGUUCCACACCUUCAGAACCUUCUUCAAGAUUUUCUUCCUGGUCAUGUUCAUUGGGAUGGUCCACGGCAUCAUUUUCAUGCCGGUCUUCCUGACUUUGUAUCGACGCAGUUCAGAAAAAGGCAAAACUCCAGAGGAAGAUAUAAAAGCUACAAAAUUUUGACCACUGGAGGAAUAGUUGGACAUUUUAAGCUAAACAGCUCAGAUUUUUUUUUUGUACCAAAACGUAUAAAAAAGCAACCAUGUUUCUGAUAUUAUUUUAAGUUAUUUUCAUGUGUUGUUUGAGAUUAAUGAUCAGUUGUCCAGUAUUCUUCUAAGUAUUUCUACAGCAUUUGAUUCAAUUGUAUCAUUCUUUGUUCCUGAGUUUUAUACACUUGUAAAAUAAAUAAUAAAGGGAAACUAUUUUGUUGUAUUUUUUUUAAACUAUGGUAUUAAAGAGUGGGCCUGUAACAGCAACUUGCAGGUACACCCUGAUAAGACAGAAUCCCAAAUCAUCACCACUGAGAACCAAAUAACAGAAAUUAAGCAAUCUCUGGGUGUAAUAGCCUCUUCUGUCAAUCCAAGCCUCAGAAAUCUUGACGCUAUUUUUGAUUUUUGCCAUGUUUACUAGAGUGUCACUCUCAGAUUAAUCAAAAACUGCUUUUUUGAGCUAAGAAAUAUUUCUAAGCUCCAAACUUUGGUGUCAAAAGAUGAAUUAGAGAUGAUUAUUCAUGCUUUUAUUUCAUCUCAUGUUGACUAUUGUAAGUCUUAUUAUUUUUAUGAAAAAUAAAGAUCUUGGCCAUCUGCAGUUAGUGCAGAAUGCUGCUGCAAGACUUUUAAGCAACACAAGAAAGAGACAGCCCCACAUUACCCCAGUUUUAACCUCUUUACAUUGGCUACUGGUAUAUUUAGUUAAUUUUAAAACUUAGUUCUCACUUUUAGAGGCCUGAGCAACCAAGCUCCAGCUUAUAUCACCAACCUUUUAUAACUGUGUUCCCUUUCUUGUAGUUUGACAUCCUCCCGCCAAAGGCUGUUAAUGGUUCCUCAAACUAAUUUACAGGAUCAAAGGGGAUCGGUAUUUUAGAGCUGUGGCCCCCAGACUGUUGAAGGCGUUAACCUCAUCUUUACGCUGUCUUGACUACUUCAUUAUUUUAAGAAGCAGUUGGAGACCUACUUGUUCUCAUUGGCUUUUAGCUAGUUUUUAAAGGAACAAUAAGUAAUGAUGACACCUGGUGGUUAAAAUGGGAACAACACACACAAUGCCUUUCGCGGAGACUCCGCGAGCGGAGGCGUGCCGAAACAGGUGGCCAGUGCGUCGCGCGGACCGGAGCGUUCGCCCUCGCCGGGCGGAGGUCGCUUUGGGGAUGCCUGCUCCCCUCCCUCCCCUGGCGAGGACGGAGAGGAGGGGAGGGCGCCCCCUCGUAGCUCUGCUUGAACAGCAGGAUGCGCUCACGAAAACCUCACGACUACCGACUGAAUUUCAAACAUGUUUGAUUUUCACCGACCGUCCGAUUUUUUAUGUGAAAUUUUCUUAUGAAAUUUUCAUAUGGACCACGCUAAUGUGCACUAAGUAGGCCAAAUCUGGGUGAAUAUUAAAUACUUGUGGCCUACUAUAGUAGUCUACUACUAGUACAUUUACCACUCAGCCAGUGUUGUAUUUUCUUUUUAAAGACAGACGCUGUAAUCAGUUUAAGGGUCAUAAUGAUCUCGAUAAAACUAAAUUUAUUGCGUAGCAUAAUGUGUGUCUGAUUUUUGUUCUAUGGGAUCAAUUCUGGACUUCAACACAGGAAAAGAGAAGUAUACAGUUCACUUAAAAAUGUCUCUCUCAAGUCUUAUUAAAAUGUAAUAUCAGCUUUUCUGGAUACCUAGUAGGUGAUCAUCAUCACUCAGUUGUGUUUUAUUCAGAACACCUGCCUGAAGAGUAUUAGAAGGUGCGAAACGCGCAUAACAUAAAAAUGUUAAAGCGCCUGCCUGUGGCAAGUUUAGACCCAAAAUGGCGGCACUCGCUGAGUUGGCGCAACUUUCAUUUAAGGGACUUUAGUGGAGACCAGCCGUUUACUCAACGGUCUGUUGUUGCUGUGAAAACCCCGCUGAAUUUUUAGUGACACAGAAAAGGUUUAUAAUGUUGUAUUCUGUUUUAUUUCUGGUCCGCUUCUCUUACUGGCUUCCAUGUUAGCAGGCUGAUGCUCUUUUAGGAAAAUAAAAUACCAAAUGCUGCGCUCUGUUUUGGGAACUCUGGAAAGUCUCACACGAUUGGCUCAGGACCCAGGAAGUAAACACGGGCUAAACACUGAACUGAAGUCAUCCGGACCGUACUUCUAGGUUUGAAAGGAGAAAAACUUGACAUUGUUGACGGAGAGGACCGAUUGUUUGUAAGGAAUGUUACUUCCUUCCCAGGUGAAAAAUAAGAAUGAUUUAGGUUGAUUUUACAGAAAAUAUCUUACUUAUUGCUCCUUUAACUAGUUUUAUGCUAUGAUGUUUUACUUUAUUUUAUAUUUGUGUAUUG